AUGUUGGAGAGACAAGAGAGCUUGAGAGCUGAGGAUGAGCCAAGAGCCAAGCAAUUUAAAGCUGGGCUGGAUGCCCUGGAGCUCCGUCCGGCUGAGUCAGCAGUCACGCUAAAACCCACGGGAACCUGCCUUCUUUCUUCUUUCUCUUCUCUUCCUUUCAAGGGCUACGGCCCCAAUGAAAACAUCGACUCAAUUGAUCUCUGGAUAAUGAACGGUAGUUGCAAGUCAAUACCAGGAACUCGUAAACUCAUCUUCAAACCUCCCUGA